CAAAUAUAAAUAUAUAAUAAAAUGCAAUCAACCAACACUUCAAGUCCCUUAAAACCAUCAACUGCUUCUGCAAGUAAUACUUAUUUUACAUAAAAUCAGGUAGACCUAUUGGACCAUAUCGUACUGUAAUUUUAUAUAGCAAUAUCUCUUUUAGAUUAUUACUAAUUAUGCUCCAUUUGCUACCACACAUCAACGGAAUUCCAAGGUAGAAGAUUCUCCAAUUAAAAAAGUUUAAAACUUUGACAAUGACACACUCAUUAAACUGAUGAAAUCCAAUCGAGAGGUGCUUAAAAAGUACUCCAAAAGUUCAGAUAAAAUAAUUAUUAAGGAUAUCAAAUAAGAAUAAUAAGAAGAUAUAGGUUCUGGACUAUACAGAACAGGCCUCGGUAAAUUGUAUAAUGCUUAAGGCAUUUUGGUUUAUGAAGGAGUAUUAUUUAAUGAUCAAAUGCAUGGUAAUGGUAUUAUGUAUAAUCAUGAUGUAAAUUCCUAAUUCACCAAAUAUAUUGGGGAAUUUCAGUUUGGAUAAAGGUGUGGAGCUGGAAUUGAGUAUUACAAAGAUGGUUCUAUGUAUGUUGGAAACUUUGAAAGUGACUGUCGAAAUGGAAUGGGAUAAUUAACUAAAAAGAAUGGAGAAAAGCAUAAUGGAAUCUGGUUAAAAGGUAAAUUGAUUUCUAAAAUAUGA